CCGUCCCCACGCGUCACUCUUCUAACGCCUCGCCUUCUGGAAGCCCCAAGGCUGCCCUGCCAUCAAGAACGAAAGCCAUGGCGUCUUCACCACCUCAAAACCCUAGAGACGACCCCAACGAUGCGAAAGCCCUUAUCUAUUCCUAUCCCAUUCGGAUCUGGAGGGCUCUCCUCGGCUACCUCCCUUCUCCCGAUUCGAGCCUCCUCGCCAAAUUCUCCAAUCUCUCCCCUCUCCGGUCCCGGGGCCGAUCUCGGGGGCGAAAGCCGGGCCUCCCGCUUCCACUGCACUCCAACGCCGUCCAAUCCUCUUUGACUGCAGCAAAAGCAUCCAGAGUAUUUGUUAUACUAGAAGAUAUCAUGGAACACACCUUGCAUUGUUUGCGUAAUAUUCAAAAGAGUCUGGUUUUUUGGCAGUCCCGGGCGGAGGGAACGAAUACUCAGAAAAUAUACUUCAUGAUCUUUGAAAGAGGACCACGAGCAUUUAUUGAUGGAACAUAUCAACUGAUAACUAGACUUGGCACUGAUGGGUCUCCAAUCCAGCAUCUAUGUUGUUCUGCAUCAGAUAUGAUAUCUGAGAAGAUUGCUAUCUUAAUGAGCCUGCAACAUUGCCUGGCCACCUUUCUUGGACAGGUAUAUUUGGAGGUAAAUAGAUAUGGAGAAAUGUUGACAGAGGAUUCUGACGAGUCACUGCCUUCAUUACUGGUUACCAUCAAUACCCUUUUUUCAAAACUGGAAGCUUCAAUUAGCCAUCCACGUGAAAUUUACAAGAGUGAUAAUUCAUUCUCCACAGAGAGGGGCAACUCAUGCGCACUUCUCUUUGAGAAAAUACCUGAAAUAGACCCGGAGCGAUCACAGUGGACUGAUACUGAAAUAAGGGAUGCUACCAACUUGAUAUAUCAAAAUCUUCAAAGAUUGGAUUCAUAUUUAUCUUUCAUCUUUUCCGGCUGUCAAAAACCAAGGAGAAUGACCUUAUACUGGUUGCGCUAUACCUGGGGAAUGGUUGGCCUUUCAGUAUGUUCGUUGUGGCUUGUGCGCCAUAGUAGUUUGAUGGGAAGUCCUGACAUGGACAACUGGAUCCGUGAAGCAAAAGAAUCGACCGCUGGAUUUUGGAAAGAUCAUGUGGAACAACCACUCAUUUCCAUUAGAGACGAGCUUUUUGAGACAUUCAGGAGGAGACACAAAGGUGUGAUGGAAGUUGAGGAGGUGAAGUUGACUGAAGAUUCUCUGCACAGGAUGUUGUUGGUAUUCUGUGAGCAAACAAAAGGUCAAAAGCUACCAGAGAACAUAUCAGAUCAGGAAAUGCUGGAAAUAGUCAUGGCCAGAUAUGAGAAAGAGCUGAUGCAUCCACUCCACAAUCUUCUUAGCGGAGAGCUAGCUCGUGCUAUGCUUAUUCAGAUUCAAAAGCUGAAACUGGAUCUUGAGACGGCAAUGCUUGAGUUAGAUCAGAUUCUGAAGGCCAAUGAAAUCAAUUUUGCAGUUCUUGCUGCUCUACCGGCAUUUUCCCUUUCUCUCCUUCUGAUAAUGUUAGUGCGAUCAUGGGUUCAGCAAGACAAAAGUGCAGAAGGCAGAGGAAGGAUUGCUCGCAGACAAAGAAGGCUUUUAAUGGUUGAAGUUGAGAAAAGGCUCAUGCAGUUUCAAACUUGCAUGGAUCAAGGAAUGGAUGAUGAUGCUCGAUGCAUGUUUGGAUUGUUGUUGUAUAGCCUUGAUCGUCUGUACAAGGCUGUUGAAAGGCAUGCAAAGGAAACAGGCGAGUGGCUAAGCCUGAGACAGGAUAUUGUUGACAUAGGGAAGCCCGAUUUGAAAACUACAUACAAGCUUGCUGUUAUAUCGCGGAUGGAGAGGAUGUACGAAUGCUUGCUUCCUUCGUCAAAACGCAAGUAAAUCAAUCCUUGUUGGUCAUCUUCCAUGAUGUUGCAAACUUUUGAUAUCAUUUCUUUCUCACUCUUUACUUUUAUUAUUUUAUUUUCUGUUUGCUAUUUUUCAACAUGAUGCCGACAAUCAAUUACGAGAAACUAUCAUUAGGCUCAUGAGGGCAGUUCUGUCCAUGAAUUUUGUAUUUCUCAUUGAUGUGUAUUUACUUAAAAAAAAAAAAAAUUGUAGUCGUAUUUGUUGGGAUUUCAUCAACUCCUUACACUUAAACUAGUCAUGCUUGCAUA